AUGACAUUAAAAUCCACGCACGCAAGCAAAAGUAUGAACGCGCGUCAUGCGGUUGGUGCAUUUCUAGCUAUUUGGAUCUGUUACCAGUCAAAUAUCGUUGAGGUUCAAUAUUAUUCAAUCCUCAUGAAUUCGUUCAAUGACCAGGCUUGUGCCUUGUGUGGAAAAGUUGUUUCUACUAAACACGGUAUGGCUAGGCAUUUAAAAAUCGUUCAUGAAGGUCUCGAAGAAUGUAAAUGUGAUUCAUGUGGACGAAAGUUUACCACAAAAUUUGCCCUCCAUCGACAUAUUCGAAAAGUUCAUGAAGGUAUAUCAGAACUUGUUCUUCCUUGUGCUUGUUGUGGGAAGAAAUUUUCUGCCAAACAUGGUCUAGAGCGCCAUAUGAGACUGAUACACGAAAGUGCGGAAUUGUGCAUCUGCCCUUUGUGUAACAGGAGUUUUUCAACCAAAUUUGCUUUUAAUCGUCAUACAAAAACUGUGCACUCAGAUUCAAUCAGCCUAUGUUCCCCGUGUAAUAUGCUAUUUCCAUCAAAGUUCGCUCUUCUUGAACACAACCUUACGGUCCAUAAUACUUCAAAGGUGUUUGCUUGUCAUGAAUGUUUGAAAUGUUUUCCUGAUACAGAGUCACGAAGAAGCCACGAACAAAAUGAUCAUGGUGUUGGGACUUCAAACAUGUAUUCGCCAACGACGCAAUCAUCUUAAGAUAAAAAUUUAUUACGCUUCCAACAAGCUACUUGAACAAUGUAUAGAGUGACUUCGUAAAUUUCAUUGUUUACAAACGAAUUUCUAUGCAUCUUGGAUGUGUCAGGCACUGUGACCAUGUACAUACAAAUAAUAUUGUUCUUUUUUUGUUCACCCUAAAUUUUGUCUAUAAAUAUCGCAGCGUAUUACAUUAUAUUUCAUGUGCUUAUACACAAGUUUAAAAAUCAUGAAUAUAUCAGAAUUGCUCUCAAGCA